CAAUCUCUUCCUUCUAUUAUCAUCACAUCUCCACUUCCACUUCUCUCUUCCUCACUCCCCUUUGCCCUUUGUUUUCUUUUAAUUUCCCUUUCUUUCUUCCUUCCUUUUCCAUAGCAAUGUCUUGGAACUUCUUGUUAUAGCUCUCUCUCUCUCUCUCUCUCUCUCUCUCUCUCUCUCUCUCUCUCUCUCAUUUAUGUUUGUUCAAGUCAUCUACUCUUGAAUGGGCCUCACUUCUCACCAAGAUUGCAUGGACACUUCUAAUUGGCUACAGGGCGUUGAUUACGAGGAGACUAAGAUGGAUUCUUCAUCACCCUCAGGGGAGAUAAUCUCAUGCUCCAAGCCAGUACUAGAACGGAGACUCAGGCCACAACCAGAUCAAGCUCUUAAAUGUCCAAGAUGUGACUCCACCCAUACUAAGUUUUGUUACUACAACAACUACAGCCUAUCUCAGCCAAGAUACUUCUGCAAGACUUGUAGAAGGUACUGGACCAAAGGUGGGUCCCUCAGGAAUGUUCCAGUGGGUGGUGGCUGCCGAAAGAAUAAGAAAGCGGCCGCAAAGAAGCCGGCUGAUCAGCUCCCCGAUCGAAACCCUAAUAUAUCUUCCAACGAUGGGAUGGAUUUCCACUUUUCAAUUCCUGGGGUGCAGUUUUCACACCUCAAUGACAUACUAGGAAAUCUUGGGAACCCUAGUUUUAUGGGGUGCAAAUAUGACUCGAUGCUCUCGAAUUCUGGGUGUUCUGAUUUCAUGGAUACUAAGCUUGAAGGCAUGUUAGGAAGUCCUGGAAAGUAUGGUUACAUGGGUGGUGGUGAUUCAAGCCAUUUGGGGGGAAAGGAGGACAUGGAUCAUGGGUUCACCUCUCCUAGCCUUCAUGGGCUAUGUUCUCCAUUUGGGUUUUCUAUGGAUGGGAGUCAUGGCUCAUACAUGGAAAAUGGAGAGAGAUUGUUGCUACCAUUUGGAGGAAAUGAGGAUAUGAAUGCAAAUGAGAUGAAAUCAAGUAACAAGAUUUUGUCACUUGAUCAGUGGCAAGAACAAGGUUGCACUCAAGUUGGGAGAGAUACACUGGGGUAUCUGAUGAACGGUCUAGGAUCAUGGCCUGGGGCAAUGAAUGGCUAUGGUUCCUCAACAACAAACACAUUGCUCUAGAUGAUCAAGAUAGAUUGCAUACUACUUUUUACAACAAAUCAGCUGAUUUUUAUCAAUUUUAGAAAAGUGUUUUGGUGGUUUUUGCCCCUAAAGGAGAAGUAUUCACCUGCAAUAUAUUACCACCAAUGUGUAACUUGUGUAGCACAUCUGAGCCAUGCAAAAGGUGGGCCGCUGCACACAGAUCACUUGGGAAGAAAAAAAACCAGGAUGCUCCACUCAUCAGGGAAUCUACACCGUUGAAUUCAAGGGACAGCCGAUGAUCCAACUGGAUGCAUGGGUCUGGCCCACCUAAUGACUAGAUUGGUCUUUUCCACCCGGGGCGAUCUUUAUGGUGGGGCUCACCUUCUCCAAAGUUCAGAUGUUAUACACAAGUGAUGCGUGGGAGGAUAGGAUGGUUUUGUGUGUGAAAUGCUUUGAAGUAGGAUUUGAGAUGACUAAAGAGAAGAAUGACUUCGCAGUUUGAUGUUUCUUUUAUCACAAUCAAAGAUCAUGUGUUUUUUCAGGCCCUUUUGGGGUCUUUGGAAGUAAAGAUAUUCAAAGUUGCUUGUCUU